GGCAAUGUUUAGUUCGCCUCGAGUCGUCUGGAUGUAAAUGUCGAAUGGUCGUUUAGUGGCUCGUGAUUGCUUGUUAGGGUGAUUAAGACCUAACCAGCCAUGGCCGUCACGGAGGAGGAGUUAGCCAAGCUCAGGGUGGUCGACCUGAAGGCCAAACUAUCCGAGCUUGGGCUGCCCACUCAAGGUCUAAAGAGUGAGCUUGUGGAACGACUUUAUCAACACCUGCUUGCCCAGGAAGAGGCUGCCAAUAUGGAAGAGGACAAAGAUGGGGAAAUGGAUGAGGGAGGCCAAGAGGGAGACCACGCAGACCAGCUGGGGCAAGCAGAGAACAGAGAACUGGAGGAGCAGCAGCAGGAGGAGGACAUGGUGGUGGAGGAAGAGGAGGAGGAAGAGGGGCAUGAGAUACACCAGCAGGAGCAACAGCAGGAGCUAAAGCAGCAAGCUCAGCCACCACAGCAAGAGCAAGGGGAACCACCUCAGGAUCAGAAUGAACUCCUUAGGAAGGCAAGGGAACAAGAAGAGAUGUUAGCCCGUCAGAGACAGUUGGAGGAAGAACGACUGAUGCAGCAGAAGGUCAGGGAGCAACAGCGGCUUUUAGAACAGCAGCAGCAACAGAAACAGCAGGAAGACCUGUACCGUCUUCAAGAAGCAGCUCUGAAGGAAAAGCAGAGGGAAGAACACGAGAAACAAGUGCAGCUGCUAAGGCUGCAGAGGGAGGCUCUGAAACAGAAGGAAGAAGAACAUAAAAUACCAGCUGCACCAGCAGGUGCUCCAGGCAUUACGGCCCCAAUCCCACGGGCAUCUGCACCUGCACCUGUAACUCCAGUACCACCAGGGGUUGGCACAGUUCCAGUUCUGGGGCCUCCUGGUGUUAAGGCUUCAGUGGUUGUGCCACCACCUGCAACAUCAUUCACCCCACAUCCUCAAGGACCAAUCAAUGUUGGCGGUCCUGCUGGAUUCACAGGCCCAGCCCCCAUCCCAAGUGCUGGUCUCUUGGGCCCUGCACCAGGGUCUGUGCCCAAGUCCACACCCUCACCACAGCAGCCACCUCUCAGGCCUCCACUUCUUCAAACAGCUACAACUCGAGCACCAACCUCCAUUGCAGCACAGCGUCCGCCUAUGCCUAUGGCAAACACUUCACCCAGACCUCCGGGUGCAGGGCUGUUAGGUGCUGCUCCUCCUACUAUGGGGCCCCCUGGUGAAAACCAAGACAAGAACGAGAAGCCGCCUCCACUUAUGUCCCUGCAUGUAACAGCUCCCAAAGAAGAGACUCCUCGUGAGGUGAAGCUACCACAGGCCUUGGAGCAGGCCCUGGCCUUCAAGACAGAACGUGCCAAGCAGGUGGGUGUGAAUCCAGAAGAUGUGGAGAAGGUUGAGAGAGAAGGACUGGCUGGCAUGGAUGAGCUGGAGAGCCUUCCACCUCAGCCACGUCCCCCUGUGCCUGUGGCCAAAACUCAGCCCUCCUUUAUUCCAACUGGGUAUGAAGAGGAAGACGACGAAGCCCCAGAGGAACCCAAUCAGAAGAGCAAGCAGGAGAAGAGCAAGAAAAAGAAAAAGAAGAAGAGGAAGGGACGUCAUCGCUUCCAGGAGGAGUUGGACAGGCAAAGGAAUGAGAGGUUGAAGAAGGACAAAAGCGAUGCAGAGGAUCCAAACAUUGAGAUUGAAUAUGUGCAGGAUACUAUUGACCUCGAUAUCACUGAUCCUAAUUACAGACAUUUUGCCAAAAUAUUUGAGGCUUUCCGUAUUGCAGAACCAGAGCCAAAGGUGGAAGAGGAGAAAGUGGUUCCCAAGACAGAAAUUCCACUAGUGGAUCCAAAGAAACUUGGUUCAAAGGUUCCAGGGAUUCCCUUGGAUGAUGACGAUGAUGAUGAUGAUGACAUAAAAAAAGAGGAGGAUGAUAAGCCAAAGUUAUCCAAAAGAAAAAUGAAACUGCUUAAGCGGAUGAGCAUUGCAGAACUAAAGCAGACAGUGAGUCGUCCAGAUGUAGUUGAAAUGCAUGAUGUCACAGCAAAGGACCCAAAGUUACUGGUGCACCUAAAAGCCACAAGAAAUACUGUACCUGUCCCACGACACUGGUGCUUCAAGCGCAAGUACCUCCAAGGUAAGCGUGGUAUUGAAAAGCCUCCUUUCGAGCUGCCAGACUUCAUCAAACGUACAGGAAUUAUGGAGAUGAGAGCAGCCUUACAGGAGAAAGAGGAUCAAAAGACACUCAAGGCAAAGAUGCGAGACAAGGUCAGGCCCAAGAUGGGUAAGAUUGACAUUGAUUAUCAGAAGCUCCAUGAUGCUUUCUUCAAGUGGCAGACCAAACCCAAGAUGACAAUACAUGGAGACCUUUACUAUGAGGGCAAAGAAUUUGAAACAAAGAUGAAAGAUAAGAAACCUGGAGAAAUGAGUGAUGAUCUGAGGAUAGCCCUGGGUAUGCCUGUGGGUGCUAAUGCACACAAAGUCCCGCCUCCAUGGCUCAUUGCCAUGCAGCGUUAUGGUCCACCUCCAUCAUAUCCAAACCUAAAAAUACCUGGCCUCAAUUCACCUAUACCUGAAGGCUGUAGUUUUGGUUACCAUGCAGGUGGCUGGGGUAAACCUCCUGUAGAUAAUAUGGGUAAACCUAUAUAUGGUGAUGUCUUUGGUACCCAGAGCAAAGAUUUUGACUCACCGCUAACAGAAGAGGAGGUAGAAAGGACUAUGUGGGGAGAACUGGAAAGUGAGAGUGAAGAGGAGUCAGAAGAAGAGAGUGAGGAGGAAUCUGAUGAGGAUGUCAGUGGGUUAGUAACUCCUGGAGAAACUGGUCUAGUCACUCCUUCAGGCAUUAGCUCAUUACCAGCUGGCUUGGAGACCCCAGACAUGAUUGAAUUGAGAAAGAAACGCAUGGAAACAGAAAUGGAAGGUGGCGACACUCCAGCACUAUACACUAUCCUCCCAGAGAAGCGCACAGAGACCAUGGGACGUGCAAUGAUGGGCUCAACACACACCUAUGACUUGGGAGCUGCAGGUGUAGGUGGGGCAGCAGCUCGUUCAGCACCACAGGGAGUCGAGGUGGCGCUUGAUCCCUCAGAAUUAGAUUUGGUGGACACCGAUGCCAUGGCUGCACGUUAUGAAGCUACUCUCAGGGAACAGCAGAAGGGGGAAGAAGAAGACUUCUCAGAUAUGGUGGCUGAACAUGCGGCAAAGCAGCGGAAUAAGAGAAGGAAGCAGCAACAAGACCAAGCUAAGCCAGCCAAGAAGUACAAGGACUUUAAGUUCUAAGAUGGAUUCAGAGACAUUUCUGUGGCUCUUGAAAAUAUUGUUGUUAAUACGAGAAAUUUAGUUGAGAAUAUGACUUUGUUUUGUAUGUAGAAUGAUUGCCAGAUCUUUUUUUUUCCAUUCUUCCAUUGUAAAGUUGACUUUUUGCUGGAGCCACACAAGUAAUAAAUUGUUUAAAUAUUAUUUUAUCUUUAUUUCAGACAAGAAAAUUAAGAAUAAAAUUUUUAUUGGGU